AUGAGUAGAUCAAGAAAGGAUAGGUCUGCAUCAAACGUUCCUAGAGAACUUAUGACGUCGUUCCAACAAGAAGAAAGACUUAUACGGCUAAUUCACCACAGGAAUAAAAAUCAACAUCGUGUAGCUAUUUGGUGGAAGCAAUUUUGCACAUUAAAGAGAGUAGUUACUCAGAUAGUUGUUCUUCUCCAACACUGGAACAGAUUAGAAAUAAAUGCAUUAUAUCACAUCACUCACAAAUUUAUUAGAACACACGUUAAGAAGAUGUAUUAUGAAUUCAAUGGUGUAAUUACAUUAGGCCAGUUUCCAACUCUUGGAGUGGUACUCAUAGGGUUAUUAGGUCGAAUAUAUCAUCAAGUUACAAAACUUAUCGAAUUACAUAGUGAAGAGUUUCGUAAAUUUGAACGAACGACCAAUAUCGAGAAGCAGGAUUAUAAAAUCCAAAAUAUAGGAAUUUUGAAUGAUAUUACAAUAUUAAAUGAGGAAGUAGGGGAGAUGAUUAUGGAGGAUGACAUUAUAGAGUCCAAAACUAUUCCAACUACUGGUGAUAAGGAGGAAACUAUUAAGAAUUGUAAUACUAAGGAGGAAAAGAAGAAAAAGAAAAAGAAAACAAUUAAGUCCAAAAAGCAUAAAUCUGCCAUUGACAGCAUAUUUGGAUAG